GAGCGACAGUUUCGGUUGGUAACACUGUACUCAGGGAAAUACGAAAGUGCAAUGUAGUGCGAUCAUUGCCCGCCUUUUACGUUGGCAAGUUGUUUUCGGUUUUUCUUUUAAAAAUGAAGUUUACUUGUAGCAUAUGCAUGGACAAUUUUAGCAGCGAGAAUGUCGACAACAUAACUGCCACUGGUUGCGGUCAUGUUUUUCACGAGAUGUGCCUUCUCCACUGGACGGAAAUGUCCAAGACGUGCCCGGCUUGCAGGAAGCCGUUGCGCCCGAAGCAAGUGUUCAAGCUCUUUUUUAAUGUGUCUGAAACGAAAGAAGUCGACGUCGGAGACCUUCAGAACAAGCUGGACGACGCGAAGGCACAGCUAAGGGCAGCGAACGUGGAGAAGAUCAAACAGCAAGAAGCAGCCGACACGCUCAAGGCUUUCCUUAUUCAACGAGAGGAAGAACUUCAGAAAUUCAAGGACAAGUACAUGGAUGCGCUUGGCGAAAGGGCCCAGUUGCAAGCUAAGAUACAGUCUAUGCGAAAGGAAGUAUCAGAAAAGCGCCAAUUAUACGACGAAAACAUUACUUUGCGGUCUCGAAUAACGGGCUAUGAAAGCCUCAGAAAGCUGAUAGACAGUAACGCAAAGGAAGCAGACGAGCUUCUCAAGUCUUAUGCAGAUGGACCUGGCGCUAUUAAGCUUUUGGCGACGUAUUGUGUUCUUGUGAAACGCCAACUGCAAACUGUAACGGAGAGCCGGUCACAGCUGAACAAGGAGGCGCUUGACUUACGGAAAAAGGUGGCCUACUUGGAAGUUCUGACGAGAGAGAGAGUGGCCCGCAUACGUGCAUUGGAAGGGGAUGUUAGUCACCUCAAGGACAUGCUCCACAGGGCUGAACUCAAAGCGGAGAAGGGCAGCACUUCUGCGAGCACAAAUGCCGAUGAUGGUCUGAUUGCAGAAAGCCCAGCGCCUGAACGAAUGAAACGUCCACGCUUGACAAACCCGGAAGAAACACCUUCUCCAGGUGUUGCCUCUCCAGCUCUUCGUAUUGUGACCUCUGCUUGGCAGUCGAAGGCUCCAAAUGGUGCAACACCGACGAGGGAACCACUGUUGCCACGGAAAACAAGCUUUUUCCGUCCACCUGCUGCUACAGAUUCAUUCAAGUCGGUCAUUCGGACUGGCUACAAUGGUCUAGGCGGUCAUUCAAAGCAUGUUGUUGGAUCGAAGCCAUCUCUGAAGAAAUUCUAGGGUCCUUUCUAAUACAUUGAUGCUUGCAUAUACCAUUGUUAGCUUCUUUCGUUUUGUGUAAAUAUGUUAUUUAUUCUAGCAAACAUAUGGUCGCUUAUAUGGAUACCAUAACGUAAAUGCACUCAAAUUUCACAUUUUUUUACCUUGAUUUCGCUGACCAUUUAUGCAUGUAUUCUCACACACACACAAAAAAAAAUUAUUGAUGCAUUGUGAAAAUAAAAGUGUUAUGUAAGUAUAUUUCUAGCCUGCAUGUUUUAAGCUUUAAGGUGGCUCAUAUGGCAUGUUUAUUUUGAAACGAUGGUAACUAAAAAAGCCCAAAUAAAUCAUUUUCUACCAUGUUUGACUGUAAUGUUUGAGUAUGCACACCUUCAGGCCACUGCCAUUAGUACAUUUCUGUGAUGUGACCCAAAAGAACCAACAACCAUCCUUCUUUGCAUGUCACUAACCUCCUUAGAGAGAGCUCCAGAAACACCUAUCGAGAGUUGCAAAUAAAUAACCAUAGGAUGCAGUGGCGCACCGACAAAAAGGGGGUGAGGAUUUGGAGGUUGUAACUUCCCUCCAGAGGUCAGCCGACCCAACCCUUGGACUUCUCCAAAAGGCUUUUUCUGUGUGUGCGUGCAUGUGCAUGCAUGUGUUUAUAGGUACUCUUGAAAAACAUGAUUUCUUGCCAAAUUCUUACCACUCUUUCAAACAGAAAUCUUGGUGUUUUAAUGUAUAGAUGCAAUAUAGGAGAUAAAUGUUUUGGCCAGACGGCGUCUUGUGCAGUGCUUAAAGGUUGCAAUCGAGCCAUGAGGAUGGCUGCUGUGGUAGAAUCAAGUUUCGUGAGAAUGUUAUAGUAUACUAUACACUUAAACCUUGAUAUAACGAACUUGAAUAUAAUGAAAGCUCGAGAUAAAUUAUUUAACACUUCAUAAUUUUUUGUCCAUAGUACAUGCAUUUUGAAUCUCAGUAUAACGAAGUAUGUUUAUACACGAUUUCAAUAUAACGAAAUUUCGCUGCCACUAUGAAGGAAUACCGAGACAAUAAAUGGAAACUUCCGCAG